AGAGUUCAGCGCGAACCGGAGCGUGAUCUACGCGUGUAGACAGACCAUGGCGUUGUACGCUGUGUGACAGGUUAGCAUCCGAAAAACAUCUCCGGACAGACGCGUCUGCGCACUGAAAACCGCUGCCGACAGCGACGGCGGGGUCAGAUAUAAGGAUGGGGUCCCGAAUCAAGGAGAGCCCUGAGUCCACUUUUGAGGUAUAUCUGGAGGUAACCCAUCCAGGCACACAGAGCUCUGGGCCAGAGGUGCGGAGGCAGUUCCCAGAAGACUAUACAGACCAGGAAACUCUUCAAACUGUGCCCAAGUUCUGUUUCCCUUUCAUCAUGGACAGCCUGACAGUGAACCAGGUCGGCCAACACUUCACAUUUGUGUUGACUGACAUUGAGAGCAAACAGAGGUUCGGCUUCUGUCGCCUGUCCUCUGGUGCCCACACUUGCUACUGCAUUCUUAGCUACCUGCCCUGGUUUGAAGUUUUCUACAAGCUACUGAAUAUCCUCGCAGAUUAUACCGUCAAAGGCCAGGAAAGUCAGUGGCAAGAGCUCCUGGUGUCACUCCACACGCUUCCUAUCCCUGAGCCCGGAGUCCCUGUUCAUCUCGGUGUGCAUUCCUUCUUCACUGUGCCUGACACAGGGGAACUCCCCACCAUACCUGAGAAUAGAAACCUAACAGAGUACUUUGUAGCAGUAGAUGUCAAUAACAUGCUUCAUCUGUACGCUAGUAUGCUUUUUGAACGCCGAAUCCUCAUCUGCUGUAGCAAACUAAGCACUUUAACAGCUUGCGUCCAUGGGUCUGCAGCCAUGUUAUAUCCAAUGCACUGGCAACAUGUUUACAUUCCUGUCCUGCCUCAGCAUCUUUUAGACUACUGCUGUGCCCCAAUGCCUUACCUUAUCGGAGUACAUUCCAGCCAGAUGGAGAAAGUUCGAGGGUUGGCUCUGGACGAUGUUGUGGUUCUGAAUGUGGACACAAACACCCUGGAAACCCCUUAUGAUGAUCUCCAAAGCCUGCCCAAUGAUGUGGUUUCAUCUUUAAAAAGUCGUUUGAAGAAGGUUUCAACUACAACUGGGGAUGGUGUGGCUCGAGCCUUCCUCAAGAGUCAGGCGGCCUUAUUCGGCUGCUACAGAAACGCUCUGCAGAUCGAGUCGGGUGAGCCCAUAACAUUUAACGAGGAAGCCUUUGUGAACCAUCGUUCCAGUGCCAUGAGACAGUUCCUCCAGAAUGCCAUCCAGCUGCAGCUCUUCAAACAGUUUAUUGAUGGUCGUUUGGACCUGCUGAAUUCAGGAGAAGGUUUCAGUGACGUAUUUGAGGAAGAGAUUGACAUGAGUGAAUAUGCAGGUAGUGACAAGACCUACCACCAAUGGCUGUUCACUGUGAAGAAAGGGGGUGGAGCAAUCUUUAACACAGUGAAGACUAAGGCGAACCCAGCCAUGAAGACCGUUUACAAGUUUGCAAAGGACCAUGCAAAAAUGCGUAUCAAAGAAGUGAAGAGCCGACUUAAGCAGAAGGAGCAGGCAGAAAAUGGCUUCUCCACAGCAGGAUCAUCAGUCAUCGAUGACGACAACACAGCAGGCUUUACCUCCUCUACUGGUGCAGCCAGGAGGGAGGGGCCACUGCGAACCUUGGACAACCACAGGCCAAUCACUGUGCACUUUGGACAGGCUCGGCCACCAAUGCUGUUGAAGAGACCAAGCAGUAAUGUCAGCCUGGAAAGCAGCCUUGACCACUCUAUCCGUCCUACUCGUCACUACACAGUGUUUCUCUCUGAGGAUUCAUCUGGAGAUGAGCUACAGUAUGACGAUGACUCCAUUUCUGGGUUUCCUGACAGCUUUCUCUUCUCCGUCCCUUUUGAGUGGUCGCCUCUGCCACAGCCGUACCGCUCCCUGAAGGAGGUUGAGUUGAUAGAAGGAGAUGAUCCUGGUUUUGGGGCAGAAAGUCACACUGCCCCUCCCAGCCCAGUUAAUGAGAAGUUCUCCAAUGUCAACCUCCUGGGCGAUAUUUUCGGCUGCCAGGAUGAGCCUGACAGCCAACCAGUGACCUUAGCCAAAAGUCUAGAGGACCUGAGGACGCCCAAAGACACUGAGGAUCUACAGGCAAAGUUCACCUACCAGCGAAUGGACCUGAGUGUUGGUGAACACUCACGAACGCUUCCAGGCCUCAAGCUCUCCACCCCUUACAAUAAACUGUGGAGUAUAGGGCAGGAUGAAACAGCCUUGCCCAUUUGUGUGCCUCCCGCAUGUGACCGACCACCGUCUGUCCAACUUCCUGUGCAGACUGAAACCCACUCUCCAAACCAUGAAAGCUCCGGCCUGGGCUCAGACCCUUUGGAACCUUCUACACCGAGCAACAUCACCAUUCCACGUCCCCAUGGAAGGAAGACGCCUGAGCUUGGUAGCGUCCUAGCACCCCCUGGGGCCCAGUCGCGUCCUAAGCCAGCAGGAGCUGGUGAAGGAGGGACUACAUCAGGGGCACAUGAGUUUAGGCAAGCCCUGAGCAUGAACAUAGAUGGAGACCUGCUUAAACCCACCAAGGCCGUUGAGGACAAUAUAGAUCUGAUAAGCCUUCUAGACCCCCUGAAAACCUCAGCACCAGCCGGUUCCACUUCACUGAGUGACGGAGUAGAUAUUGGUGUGUCAUCUACCUGCAAACCAACACCACCACUCAGGUCUUACCCACAGGGAUUGCCUCCUUUCCCACUGCAUCCUCAUAUAUCACUCAACCCUUUUGCCCAGUCUCUGCCUCACACAUCCCCUCAGAUGCAUUAUUCACCGACCGUGAGUGGGAAUCCCUUCAGUUCAGUCUAUGGGCCUGCACUAGGCUCUUACUUACACACUACACCCCAGUCCCAGCCCUUUUCUACACUUCCAGGACUCUACAGACAGCAUUCACCAGGCAGUUCAACUUUGCCACCCAGCUAUGGAAGGCUCCAGUCAGCCAUCCCCUCCUCAGUCACCUCCCUCCCUAACUCCUCUGCCAGCAAUCAAACUCUCUCUAGUCUGGCAGACUCGACAUCUGUCUCCAGUGCAACCAUGACCAAACUGGCAAAACCAUUUCAUGUUGAGGGAAACAGUCAGACAACUCAGGAUCCUUUUGGGGAUCUGCUAACAAUGGCCAAGCCAGCUACACCCCAAAAAAAGAAGGUGGAGGACCUUCGCAGGAGAUGGGAAACAUUUGACUAAAACCUGUGACUAUGUACUGAAGUGCCCCUCUUUGUUGCUACCCACACUUUCCCACUACUGUAUCAGGACCUUCUGUUGCAGUAUCACUUUACUCAGUUCAUGCAGCUCACAGUCGUAGAAGAGUAAUCAAUAGUGUUUCAGCUAUUAACAUAUUAAAGACUUUCUAAGAAUGCAACUUGAGAGAGAAUUGUCGUAAUCGCCUAUCCCAAAAUGAUGAUUUGGAAUUGUAUGUAUUUUAAAACAAUGUUGAGGAAUGAAAAAGAGUUGAUUACAAUA